AGAAGGGUGAUAAAGCAACCCCAAACACAGACAGAGUAAUCAAUUAGCUUUCUUCAUAGAGAAGUAGAGAAAGAAGGAGACAGAGACACCCUCCUCACAGAGAGAGAGAGAGAGAGAGAGAGAUCAAAAGUUGCAAACAGAGACAUAAAUGAGAGAGAGACUUACUGGACCCUCUCUCUCCUGUGGCUUCUUUUAGAUUAUAUCCUUUGAUCUUUGCUGCUUUGCUUUGCUUUGUGUAUAUGUCUCUUUCAAGUUCUUUGCUCCAUAUACACUUGGUCUAGGAAUCUUAAAGCAAAACAAUUGAGGUAAAGAGAGAAGUGAAAUUCCUGGGAAAUUGUUUUCCCAUUCCCAAGUCCUCUGUUUCUUCUAGCUAACUGAAAAAAACAAAACAAAACAAAAAAACAAAAGUUUUCUUAACUAUGGCUUUCAUUUCUGCUACAUGUCCCGAUUCCAGCUUCUUCUUGGAGUACAAAGAUGAAAAUGGUCUGAGAAAAUCUUGCAUGGCGAGUCAUAGAGUUGGAGAGACUGCUACUGGUUUAUCAGAAUCAGGACCUUCAAAUCACCAUGUUCCUUAUGCUGUUCUUCAUGGGAUGAAUGCUCCGUCAACCAGUUUUCUCAAUCAAGAAGGAUCUGCCUUUGAUUUUGGAGAGCUGGAAGAAGCAAUUGCGCGGCAAGUUAGAAAUGAUGAAGCUCAAGCACCUUUAUUCACAGGCAGGCCUGCUGCUACUCUGGAAAUGUUCCCUUCUUGGCCAAUGAGAUUCCACCAAACCCCAAGGGGAAGUUCAAAGUCAGGAGGGGAAAGCACAGACUCAGGAUCACAAGUGAACACUCUCACAAGCAAGGGAGAGGGUGGCCAGUUGGAGCCAGAAUCUCCAAUCAGUAAAAAGGCAUCUUCCUCAGAUCACCAACAGGCUUUUGAUCAGAAGCAUCUACAGUUUCAACAGCAGCAACAAUUGCAGGCUCAAGACAUGGCAAUAAGUGACAGCUCAAGAGGAGGAGCAGGAGGAGGAGGAGCUUCACAAAGUCAAUCAGCUGCCAAACCAUCCCAGGAAAAGAGGAAGGGAGCUGGUUCUACAUCAGAGAAUAAACAACUUGAUGCUAAGACAUUGAGACGUCUAGCUCAAAACAGAGAAGCUGCAAGAAAAAGCCGUCUCAGAAAAAAGGCUUAUGUGCAACAGCUAGAGACAAGCAGAAUAAAGCUCACCCAGCUAGAACAAGACCUUCAAAGAGCGCGCGCUCAGGGUUUGUUCUUGGGUGGUUGUGGUGGCGGUCUUGGCAAUAUCAGCUCAGGUGCUGCAAUAUUUGACAUGGAAUAUGCAAGAUGGCUAGAAGACGACCACCGGCACAUGUCGGAGCUCCGAACAGGGUUGCAGGCACAUUUAUCCGAUAGCGAUCUUCGCGUAAUUGUGGAUGGAUACAUUUCACACUAUGAUGAAAUUUUCCACCUGAAGGGAGUGGCUGCUAAAUCUGAUGUGUUUCACCUCAUUACUGGAAUGUGGACUACCCCAGCUGAGCGUUGCUUCCUCUGGAUGGGUGGUUUUAGACCCUCUGAGCUCAUCAAGAUGUUAACAGCACAGUUAGACCCACUAACAGAACAGCAAUUCAUGGGGAUAUAUAGCCUCCAGCAGUCCUCGCAACAAGCAGAAGAGGCACUUACUCAAGGUCUAGAGCAGCUUCAUCAGUCUCUGGUCGACACCAUUGCCGGUGGGCCAGUCAUCGACGGCAUGCAACAGAUGGCCGUGGCUUUGGGCAAGCUCACUAAUCUUGAAGGCUUCGUUCGCCAGGUAAAUAAAAGUAGUAACAAAACAUGAUCAUCAGAAAUAAAUAAUAUAGCAUUAUUUUAUUAAUUUGACCGUGGAAAACCAAAGCUCAUUUUGCAUCCAUCACGCAAGGUCAUGCAUGUACUUCAUAUAUAUAAUUAAUCUCUUUGUUAAGAAUUGUUUUAUAACAUGCAGUAGUCAUUUUGUUCUUCUUUCUAUUGAACCCUAGGAG